CUUUCCUAUGACAUCCCAGGUGCUGGUUUGGCAAACGGCCCGGAAUAUACACUGACUACAUUUACCAGGGCCCCAUGAUCCUGGUCCUGCUGAUCAACUUUAUCUUCCUUUUCAACAUUGUCCGCAUUCUCAUGACCAAACUCCGGGCAUCUACCACGUCUGAGACUAUUCAGUACAGGAAGGCUGUGAAGGCCACACUGGUGCUGCUGCCCCUCCUGGGCAUCACCUACAUGUUGUUCUUCGUCAACCCCGGGGAGGACGAGGUCUCCCGAGUUGUCUUCAUCUACUUCAACUCCUUCCUGGAAUCAUUCCAGGGCUUCUUCGUGUCUGUGUUCUACUGUUUCCUCAACAGUGAGGUUCGCUCUGCCAUCCGCAAGAGGUGGCACCGGUGGCAGGACAAGCACUCCCUCCGCGCCCGGGUGGCCCGCGCCAUGUCCAUCCCCACCUCCCCCACCCGGGUCAGCUUCCACAGCAUCAAGCAGUCCACGGCUGUCUGAGCUGCCGACCACGGAACAGCAGGAAGAUGACGGCUGAGCUUGCUGACGGACUAGGGAGGCCACCAGCCUUCCCAUUUCCUCCCCCUCCCCCACUGAACAGUGGCCCUCUGAGCCUGG